UCCUUGCACGUACCUUCCCAACACGUUCUUCGAAAUACAGAAAAAGGAACUUUAACAACUACCUAUUUCCCACCUCCAUGAAUCGUCAAUAACCCCGCAAAAUGGAAAAGAAGGAAGAGCCGAAUGAGGAGAUAAGGCCGGAAGAAGGAGAAAUAUACAUCCUCGACGUGAAGGCUGAAACGAGCGAAAUAAAAGUGACCGGGAGCGUCUUCCUUCCCGCCGAGUUGCAGUGUCGGAGCGAUGCCAUCAGUGGCUUACUGGGUGCAAGCAGCUUUAGCACUCUCCCUGCUUCAGAGUUAUGCAGCCGAAACCUUGUAGCUGUUACUGUGAUCGAUGAUAAUGGCAAGCCAAGACUGUGCAGGGCAGUCAUCACAGACACCAGUGAAGUACCUAAAGGUUUCCUGAGGGUCCUACUAGUAGAUGAAUGUUGCCCGGACAUCCAGGUGAGAUUAAGCCACCUGUACUAUUGUCCCAAACAUGUGUCUGCAAGCAAGUACCCUCCAUCUUGUCAGCAGUUUGUACUUGCUGAUGUCAUGCCAAUUGAGGAUAGACUUCUUGAGGCUGAGAAAUGGUUGCAGUGCAUGUUGCUCAACAAGACGGUCGAGGCUGUGUUUGAGAGGCACCCAGAUGGAACCAGCUACAUUUGUCCUCUUGAUCAUCAGAAGCUCCCAUUAGUCUUCAGUAUGCUGGUAGCUGGCCUUGCUAAGAUGUCCACAAAACCACUUAUCAGUGUAGGUGCACUGACAGGGAAUAGUAAUGUAAAACUGGAGACCAAAGCUGAGAGCCCUGCCCCCUCCUCUCAAAGGGUAACCUAUUCUCAGUGGAAAAUGCCAUUGGGUGUAAAAGAAACAGCAGAUGUAACCACAGUGGAGAAGGGGCCAUGGAAGUUUUGCCUCCAGUUUAAGCGACAGAAAGAGCAAAUACCUUCACUUCGGGAGAAGCUGAAAAUUCUAGUCCUGACAGGAAAGCUCUCAAAAGGUGGCUUUAAUACUGGAGAUGCAGUUGUCUGCCCAAACAAAAUACAUGGGGGGCAUAGCAGAGGCCUCAUCACAAACAAACUGCCAGAUAACAUGUGUUCAGUAUAUUAUGUUGAUGAAGGAAGUAAGGCAUUGUUAAGUGAAAAGGAGCUGUGGUUGCUCCCAGAGGGGAUGGCCAAGAUUCCAUUGCUAGUGCACAGGUGUUGUCUGGAUGGGCUGGCCCCUUCUGAAGACAAGGACAUUUCUGACAAGUUUGAGGCACUGGUAAAAGAACAGAAUCUUUUGGCUAGUCUGGUGAAGAUUGGUAAGGAUGUACCAACAACAGUGAACCUGUUCUCCAAUGGGAAAAAUUCUGUCCUAGAUUUACUGACUUGCAGCUAUAAGCAAGAGAUACUGCUAGACAAUUUCCUGGUUAGCAUUUCAUACAUUAGUGAAGAGCAAGCUAUACUUUACCUGGUGUUGUGUGAAAAUGGAGAAAUGCUUGACAAACUCCACCUAAGUGUUCAGGAGGCUGCAAAGGUAGCUGGCCCACUUGAGUUUCCAGAGAAGCAUCAGUCAUGUCUUGCACUUUUUCCUGAUGACGGAUUUUGGUACAGAGCUACUGUCCUCAAUGCAGCAGACUUGGUUCAUGUUAGGUACGUUGAUUAUGGCAAUGAAUCGAGUCUUCCAAGGGAUUCCCUAAGGGUCAUACACGCCACCUUAGUGCAGUCGGCUCCCUCACAGGCACUGCCCUGUCUACUCAGUGAGGUAGACCAAGAGCCCCUGUCUCUGGUUGAUGUCAAUGAGGUAACAGAUGAGAGUAUGUUCAAAGUACAGAUCAUUGGGCGCAAGGAAAUGGCAGGACUUGGAAGUGUGGCAGUGGUGGAACUGGUGACAAAAUCCACCGGGGUCUCCCUCAACCAGCUUUUGCGUGACAAGAAACAAAGAGCAGAAAAGGAAAUAAAUAAUAAUACAAACAAACAUUGUUUUAGCUUGGGGGCAGUAAUCUCGCGCAUGCAACAGCAGCACGCAUCCCUGGCUCAACCCCCACGCCAGUUAGAGUCACAGCCACAGCAGGAACUUUUGCUACAAGCUCAGCAGUCACAAUUGCAACAGAGAUUCUCUCAAUAUCAGCGCCAUUACCACCAGCCUUACCAUCAUGAGAGAGAGCGCCGUUUCUACCAGGGUCGCUUUCAUCAACAGCAGCAACAGCAAUACCCUUUAGAUAUACAAAGUACCAAAUACAAGUUGCAACGGCAACAACAACAAUUCUACACACCCAGACAUCAACAGGGUACCCAAUACCAGCAUCGCAGUGAAUCACAUCAUAUCCCUUACAAUUCCAACCAAGUGGACAUCAAAGCUGAACUCCACUCUCCAAAGGAUAUCCCACUUGGACGGCAGAGGGACCGGCUGGUGCCUGGGACCCCCAAGACUACUGCAGCACAGGCACAGAACUUUGAGCAGCUGGAAAGAGUGCGACCUGCAAAAGGUUCCUUGAAGUUCUGCAGGUUGACAUGGGAGGCAGGUCUGUCCUGCUUUUACCUGGUACUAGAGGAGAGUGAGGAAUUCAUCAAGGCUUGUACUAAGAAGAUGAGUGAAUCUUGUAACCAGUCCAAAAUGGAAUCCAUCAAAAGCGGUAUGUUGGUGGCCAUAAAGGAUAAGGACACGUGGCAAAGGGCUCAAGUGACCCAGGUACAAGGCACCAUGUUCAAGGUCAUCAUGAUUGAUGUGGGAAAGGAGCGAUGUCUUCAGCUAUAUGAGUUAAAAUCCCUUCCAGAAACUUUAUCCAAAGUCCCAGCCCAAGCAAUUAGAUGUUGCCUACAGGAGAGUAGUACAAAGAGCCUGGACCUGAAGCCUCACAGUCGACUUGCCAGCCUGAUGAACACGAGGCUUGUGGCUCAUUUCAUUGGAUGUGAAGAUCAUGUGUGGAAGGUCAACCUUUACAUAAAAGCAGAACUUGAACCUGACCAUGGCCAAGCUAAGCAGCUAUCUACUGUGCGCCAACAGCAAAGUGGGAGUCUUGAUGCUGCAUGCAGUAGAGGAACAGUGUGUGUUAAAGCUGUUAUUGACCCUCAACACCCAUACUCUAGUAGAGACAUCAUUGCUGGUCAGAAGCUCUUGGAAAAUCCAACAAGCCAAGACAAGGAUCUUGGUAUUACUGAUAUUCUGUCUUCACCUGUGCCACAUGGAGUACCUGAUAAACAGCUGAAGUCCUUCUCUCCAAAUGACAUCAGUGUUAUGGAGACAAGAGGACCUUUCACAUCUACAACCAGGUUAGAUCUUGCAAGCAACUCAGUUUCUCCUUCAGCCAUUCCCCUUGAAGAGACAGCUUCCAGUGAUGACUCCCGUUCAACCGUGAGACAUAAUGUAUCAGCAGUUGAGCAUGAGGACUUUGAGCUUUCUGGAGCCAAGGUGGGAGUGGGUGCUCCUGUAAAUAUGCCAAAUAACUUGGUGACCGAAGUUGCAACAGCCAAACCCACUGUCAAGACUCGCAUGGAUGGUGCGGCUAGUGCAGUCCAGUAUGUUGCUUCACACAGUGCAGAUAUGGUGAUCAGUGCAGCCCUUGCAACACAUGCCCAUUCCCAUAAGAAAUUAGAGGGCUUUGCAAAGGAAGACUCUGCUGCCAGUGAGUCCCUUCUUUGGGACAGUAGGAUUGGGGGUUUGGAUGGUAAUGAUAAAUGUGACAAAAAUCCUAAUUCUUAUGGUGCAGAAAAGGUGGCGGCAGCUGUUAAAGAGUCGCUACUUUGGAACAGCAAGUAUGGGGAACUUAAUUCUAAUGACAAACUUGAAGAUGGAAAUGCAGAGAAAACUGCUAAUGAGGAGUCAUUCUGGGACAGCAGGCAUGUGGGCCUUGGGAAAGAUUUUAAUGGUAACAAUAAAAGAAGAGACAAAAGUGCCAGUCCUUGUGAAGGGAAUACAGGAUCAGCUACAGAGCAAUCACUUCUUUGGGAUAGCCGAUAUGGAGGUCUUAAUUCCAAUAAUAAACCUGAGAGUGAGAUUGUUAGCCAAAAAAUCCCUUGUGCUGAGACCACUGCUAAUGAGUCACUCCUCUGGGACAGUAGACGGGGAGGCCUCCAUGCUAAUAAGGAUGGACAUGAUGAGAAGGGAAGUAUGGACUCCUCUGUUCCUUGUAAUGAAACUACAGGCAAUGAGUCUGUGGUUUUGCUUUGGGACAGUAGGUGUGGUGGUUUAGAAACAGGUGAUGGCAAGACUGUCAGUGCAAAAUGUGACACUAAAGAUGAUAAUGUAGAUCUUAAGUCCAAGAUAGCAAAAGUACAAGACAUCAAAUUAGAAAAAGAUAGUUUGCCAAGUUCAUCUCCCAAGAUUCUUCAGUUAGAAUUGCCUUUGCAAGCAAAAAUCAAUGUCUCUAUUGUUUUUGUAAGUGGUCUAUCCAUUUGGGUACAGCUUGAUGAACACUUGGGCUCCCUCAAUGAAAUGAUGGAAUAUCUUCAUACCCAGAUGGAAACUUUGAAGGCUGAACACCUUUCUGCACCUCAGGUUGGUGAGCAGUGCAUCAGCAAGUAUCAUUUAGAUGGGGGCUGGUACAGGGCAUCAGUCUUAGAAGUUGAAAAGAAUCCGGAGAAAGUCAAAGUACAUUAUUUUGAUUACGGAAACACUGAAUUUGUGGAGAAACAUGACCUUUAUGCCCUCCCACAACAGUUCUGUGACCUACCAUGCCAGGCUCUUCACUGCUGUCUGCCACAGGAAUUAGAAGGCUGGCAAGAGCCUUACCAGGAGCAGUUGGAAGCUUGUGUAGGGAAGAGUGCUGUCAUUUCUGUCAAGGAGGGUCCUAAGGAACAUACCUGGACUCUGCUCUCAUUAGAAGUGGAAGGAACGGAUAUAGUUGAUCAGAUACGACAAGAAGUUCCUGUGCCAGCCGAGGAAGAGGUAGAGAGUGAAGAAUUGCAAGUUACAGAAACAGAGACAGAAAAGGCACUCCAAAUUCAUUAUCCACCCCGGACUGUUCUCUCAAGUGGCAUUCGAGUGUAUGUGAGUUAUCUGGCAGGAGGAGCUGAGGUAUGGCUCCAAAAAGCGGAAGAUCUUUCUGUUGCUGAGAAUAUGGCUGCACAGAUUGCCAGGGCUCAGACCACCACCUUGGAAUCUGAGAGGGUGAUAGAAGAUAUGCCGUGCCUAGCUCAGUCAGCUGCCGAUAAUGUUUGGUACAGGGCUAAGAUCGUCUCCCUUAAUGAACCUGACCAAGUCAAGAUACACUUUAUUGAUUAUGGCAACUCCGAAAUAAUGUCCAUGAAUAACAUAAGAGAGGUUCCAGAUGAGCUUUUGUUGGUAGGAAUUUGUGUUCUAGGCCCACUCGCUCAUUCCUGUGUUCUCACAGGCAAGGGCGAACCACAUGAAAUUGAUCUCAAAGCUUUGGAGGAAAAGUUCUUAGAACAGGAACUUGUGGUUCGUGUCUUUGGCUCUGAAGAUGGCAAAACACUGGUUUCUCUUCUGUUGGAUGAUGAUGUAGUUGUUGAGGAUUCUGUCGGAGAGCCAGCCACUGCUAAAGACGAUACUAAACAGAGGCUUGUGCCUGAUAGUACUGAUACACCACCUGAAAUGAGCACUUCUGUAGCUGCUCCAUCAGCCUGUCGGCAAGAUACUGAAGAAGUGGUGGAUCAGAAUCUCAAUGGGGAGAUCAAAUCCAGGAAGUGGUAUGUUCCAGCUGCCAAAGGUGAAGAUGUUGAAAAGUCAGACUUUCUACUGACAAGUUCUCUCCCAGCAGAAACCCCUGCGGAACAUACAUCACCUACAAGCCAACAGGAAAUGUCUAAGGGCAAUGUCUCACCGUUAACUGGAGUGUUCAUGAACUUUAGAAAAAACAAGGAUACUAUAAGUGGCAUUUCAAGCUCAGAAAUGGAGAAUCACACUCCUACAAGUAAAGGAAGUGCUGUGUUUGUUGAAGAAAGUCGUCCCGGUGCCAGUCCUCCACCUCAUUCGAGCAACAGGAAUGGAGCAGGUGGCCAGCAAGUAAAUAACCCAAACGUUACCAAUGGGUUGACCAGCUUUUUACCUUCUGUACCUGGGAGAGUCGCUCACUCCACCAUCUCGAGUCCUUGUAAAACAGAGUUAAAAAAUAUUCCUAAGACUGAAACCAAAGAGCUAUUAACGACACUUCUGAAAGAUUGUAGUGACAUGGACGAGAGUAGCAUAGUAGACCAUGUUAAAAGUAAGCAUGAACAGAAAGAAAUGAAAGGAGAUGAUAGUGUCAAAGAUGCAAGCCCAGAGCAAAAGGGGCCUCAAGGAACCCAAACAGUUCAUGGAAGGCGCUUCCUUGACUGUAUUGAGGAAGUAGAAGAAUGCAGUGAUGAUGGAUUUACUGAAAUGCAAAUAAAUCCUUAUUCUGCCUACCUAGUGCACAUUGAAGAAUCACCAUUUUCCCUGUGGAUUCAGAAGGAGGAAGACAAUGAUUUGGCAGAAUACAUUGAGACCUGGUACAAGGAGCAUAACCAGGAGAGAGUGGACACUAUUAAAGUUGGUGAUAUAUGCGUGACUGUCUUGGGUGACAGUGCCCAGCGUGCGUAUGUCCAGUGCAUAGAGGAUGCUAAUAUAACAGUUCUUCUGAUUGACCAGGGAAGGCAUGCCGUUAUCUCAAAACAGGACCUAUUUAAGUUACCCAGCAGCUUGACAGACAUCCACCCUCUGGCAAUGCAGAUUUACCUUCCAGUAAAAGUAGCUCCUGGAAGGGAGUCCGGUGCUGUCAUCGCAGUAGCUGAGGUAGCCCACCAGUUGAAGUGUGUGUGUCUGGACCUGGACAACAGAUACACCCUGAUAUGGUGCCCCGGAGUGGGUGACCUCGGAGACUUCCUCGUGGAUAAUAAGCUGGCCACACCCAUGCAUUGGAAUGUUGGGUGGAAGUAUCGAUAUAUAACCUCGGUGAAGCGCAGACUUGAAGAAGAAGCCUUCCUGCUGACGUCCGAUGCCAGACAGGAGGACUCCUUUUAUCAAACAGCCGACACUGAUCUUGCAGCGAGGUUGGAACAGUCGCUCAAGACCUUGAAUGCCAACUCAGCAUGAGUAGCUGAACAAGUACAAAAGAAAUUGUUUAUUUAAAGUUUAAUUGUGAAAGUUGAGUUAUGUUUGUCUUUGUGAAGACAAUUUAUAAGUAUGACGAUAGAACGGAGACAUUUUUGUAUUAACUGUGGAUGUAAAAGUUAAAUAUAGAAUAGAUGUCAUUAC